AUGUCGGAGCGCAGCACUAUUCACGUCUCAGGCAUUGCCGGGUCGACCACCGAUAAGGAGGUCCAGGAUUUCUUCAGCUUCUGUGGAAAGAUCACCUCUAUCUCUGUCACCCCAGUUUCUAGUGAGCCUGGUGCUCCUAAGUCCGCCACGGUGACCUUCGAGAAAGAUGCUGCCGCCAAGACUGCUUUGCUUCUUGACCAGACCCAGCUAGGUCCUUCCCCCGUACACGUCGAGGCUGCCCAGACCAUCGAGGACCUCGCAGGCACCCAGACUGCCACCGAGGCUGUGAACGAGAACCACCAUGAGAUUGAGCAGGAGGACAAGCCCCGAUCUCGUAUCGUGGCCGAAUACCUUGCCCAUGGCUACGGAAUCAGUGACAGCGCGAUCCAGAAGGCCAUCGCUCUCGACAAGAAGCAUGGCUUCACCUCGCGCUUCACCUCUGCACUGGGCAACUUUGACAAGAAAUACCAGGCUACUGAGCGUGCCCGGGGCAUCGACGAGAGCUACAAGCUGAGCGACAAGGCCACCUCUGGCUGGCGCGGACUCCACAAUUACUUUGAGAAGGCCAUGGGUACCCCCUCUGGCAGAAAGCUCCGCGAUUUCUACGUCCAGACCGACAAGCAGGUGCGGGACAUCCACGGUGAGGCUAGAAGACUGGCGGACUUGAAGAGCGGCAAGGUGGCUCCCGACGCGGGGCAUGUUCCCACUCCCACUGCCACCGGCGCAGAGGCGGCCAAUGUCGCCCCUGGAACCGUCCCCGCCUCGCAGCCAGCAGGAACUGCCCCUCCUGCUGCCCCUGCUGCUCCUGCUGCGGCUCCCGCCGCCCCUCAUGCUGAUGUCAAGAAGGACUAA